CUGGCAACCAGUGGAAGAGGCCUUAGCAACCAAUCUCCUUGUCACUCGUCAGCUAGCCACAACGGCGAGCUUCUGUCGUUCUUUUCUCGAGAGAAGUGUUCGUCGUUCACAUUUCCCCAGGUUCCGACAUGUCGUCGAGGACUCUCCCGCUGCUCUUCAUCAAUCUGGGCGGAGAAAUGCUUUAUAUCCUCGACCAACGGCUCCGAGCUCAAAGUAUCCCCGCCGACAAGGCAAAGAAAGUCAUGAAUGACAUCAUCAGCACCAUGUUCAACAAAAAAUUCCUCGAGGAGCUCUUGAAACCACAGGAGCUCUACUCCAAGAAGGCACUGCGCACCAUCUUUGACAGGCUGGCCCACGCGUCCAUCAUGAGGCUCAAUCAAGCCAGCAUGGACAAGCUAUAUGACUUGAUGACCAUGGCCUUCAAGUACCAGGUUCUCCUGUGUCCUCGGCCCCGGGAUAUCCUCCUGGUCUCUUUCAACCACAUGGACGCCAUCAAGGAGUUUGUCAAGGACACGGCCUGCAUCCUGAGCCAGGUUGACGAGAUGUACCAACAGCUCAUCGAGAUGUACACUCCAUUACCCAGCGGGGAAUUCCAGCUGAUUAGACAAACGCUUCUUAUCUUCUUCCAGGACAUGCACAUAAGGGUAUCCAUUUUCCUUCGGGACAAAGUGCAGAACUCCAAUGGUCGAUUUGUGCUCCCCAUCAGCGGUCCUGUGCCCCACGGGACAAAAAUCCCAGGAUUGAUAAGGAUGCAUAGCUGCACUGGCGAGGAAACGAGCCAGUUGCAGUUCAACAACGGCGGAAACUACACUGCUGCACUCUGCGAAGGAUCUUUUGAGCUUUUCGGUGACAGGGUGACCAAAUUAGGCACUAACAUGUACAGUGUGUGCCGUCCAGUGGAAACUCACAUGUCGGGAACCUCCAAACACUCAGCUCAGCACACUAAGGUCAACUUGGCUCCCAACCCUCUGGCUAAGGAGGAGCUCAACCUCUUAGCCAAACUAAUGGGAGGCUUGGAAGUGCCUAAGGGAGGGAAUGCGGACGGCAGCUUCCGGGUCAACCUGUUCACUACCGAUGAGGAGGAAGAAGAGGCGUUAAAAUCCAGACCUGAUGAGCUGUCUUAUGGAUUUAUAAACAUCCAAGCUACAAAGGACCAAACUGCCAACACUGAGCUGGCCAAGAUUAUUGGCGAGUUCAGCGAGUCUCGGGAAACGCCUGAUCAAUCGUCAUGCGCCAGCAGCAAAGGAGACGAUCUUCUAGCCAUGAUGGAUGGCCUGUGACGCCAUUGGAUACCGCGUGGGAUGGACCGCAAUUCAAUGUCUGCACCAGCAAAACUGAUGUGGCAUCAUGUACAUAGAAAACCUUCAAGUGCUUUUUCUCCCUAUGUAGGGAGGUUGUAUGCUUCAGGGAAAUGUCACCCAGCAACAACAGUGUAGUAUAUGCCGAGAUGAGAAAUCUACCAUCUAGAUUUCCCAACCUACCAAGUGUGUACGGAAAGUAUUCAGAAACCUGUAAAUGUUUCACUCUUUGUUAUGUUGCAGCCAUUUUCUAAAAUAAUUUUUCAUUUUUUCCCCUCAAUGUAUACAUAGCAGGUGAUCUUCACGGGGUGGGGGGACAAAAUUGUUGAAAUUUUUGCAGAUUUAUUAAAAAAGAAAACCUGAAAUAUGACACAGCCGUAAGUAAGUGUUCAGACCCUUUGCUGUGACACCCAUAUUUGCAGUCCAUUUCUUCUAGUCAUCCUUGAGAUGGUUCUACACUGUCAUUGUAGUCCAGCUGUGUUCGAUGAUACUGAUCGGAGUUGAUAAGGAAAGCCACACAUUUUAUAUAAGACCUUACAGCUCUCAGUGGAUUUUAGUGUAUACGACAAUCACAAAGCCAAAGGAACUGCCUGAAGAGCUCAGAAAAAAAUUGUGGAUAAGUACAGAUCUGGCCAAGGUUUCCAAAAAAUUACUGCUGCACAUAAGGAUGAUCAGAACACUUCCUAGAGCUGGCCGUCUGCCCAAACUGACCAAAACCUUGGUGAGAGAGCUAAAGAAGAAUCCAAACAUGAUGCUCCAGAGAUGUAGUCAGGAAAUGGGAAAAAGUUCUACAAGGUCAACCAUUAUCGCAGAACUCCACCAGUUGGGUUUUAUGUCACAGUGUCCGGAUGGAAGCCGCUCCUCUGUGCAAGACAUUGAAAGCCAACAUGAACUUUGGUUAAAAAAAAACAAAAAAAAAAAAAACACCUGAAGGACUCCAAGAUGACGACAAACCAAAUUUGCUGGUCUGAUUCGACCAAGAUGGAACUUUUUGGCCUUAAUUGUAAGUGGUACAUGUGGAGAAAAACAGUGAAGCAUGGUCGUGGGCGUAAAAUGAAGUGAGGGGGGUUUUCAGUUGCAGGGGCAGGACGACUGCUUGGAAUGGAAGGAAAGGUAAAUGCAGCAAAGUACGGGGAUAUCCUGUACAAAAACCUCCAGAGUGCUCAGGACCUUAGACUGGACCAACGGUACACCUUCCAACAAGACAAUGUAAAAUAAUGUAAUAAAGGAGUGGCUCAGAACAAUUCUGUGAUUGGUCUUGAAUGGUCCAGCCAGAGCCCCUUCAACUCAAUUGAGCAUCUCCGGAGCAACCUAAAAAUGGCUUGCCACCUACAUUUCACCAUUUAACCUGACAGAACUGGAGGAGAAAGGAGAAGGAAUGGCGGAGGAUCCACAAAUCCAGGUGCAAAAAAAUUGUUGCAUUAUUCUCCAAAAGACUUAUGGCCCUAUUAGCUUAAAAGAGUGCUUCUACAAAAUACGUAUCAAAGGGUCUGAAUACUCCAAUGGUUGUGUAAUAUUUAAGUUUUUCUAUUUGACUAAAUUUGCCAAAAUGUCAUCAAGGGAAGAAAAUAAAUUUAAACAAUUUUAGCAAAUGGCUGCAAUAUAAGGAGUAAAAAAAUCUAAGGGAUUCUAAAUAUUUUCUAUACCCACUGCAUAUCGUGUGAGUUUUUCCAGAAUUGGAGGACAAUUUAAACAACAAUUUUGAAAAACAGACUAAUUGAUUUUUUUUAAUAUACAUAUUUCCAAGAAAAACAAGGUAAUAAACUUCAGCCAUUAAUAAUACGCUUUUGUGAAAUGAUAGAUUAUUUUUGGGACAACCCUGUUACAGAUAGAUACUCAGACACCUGCAGAAAAAUGUUUAAAAUAUAGAUUUUAAUCCUUUCAAGUUAGUUACAUUUUAUUUGAAUACACAUUUUAAUUGUAGUACUGUAAUUACAGUAACAGGAUUGCAAUAGCUCUGUGUUAAGUGCAAUGCUAACUGGUCAAGUACAAACUUAGCAAAAUCGUGCAAAAACGAAAAAAAAAAUGUACAUAUCUGAUAAGGUUGUAUUGGGUUGACAAAGCCAUUGUCACUAACCACAAAUUUGGGAAAUGUGAGUUCUCAAAAAGUGAUAACCCCCCUCACAUUUUUGUGCAUAAAAUAUUUUAUUCUUGGAUGGAACAACACUGUCAUCAUUGUACACUUUGUAGAGCUCUGAAAAUUUACUAUCCGCUCACAAUAACUCAACACAGAGCCUUUGCUGUCCAAACUCACUGUCGAAAAUAAUUGUAAAAAAGCAAGACCAGAAUUUUAUGUUGACAACCACAAAACGUCUGGGAGAAGAGAGCGAGAGAUGCAAAAAUGAAGAAAGAAAGGAACACUGUCCUUACUAUUAAACACGGAGCUGGCUCUGUUAUAUGCCAGUGCUGCUUUGCUGUAUCUGACAACAAGGGUCUUUGCAAAUUGCAAUAUAAUCAAUACAUGAAGGUAUUCUCGAGGGAAAUGUCCUGACAAGUGUUUUAGGGCUUGGUCCUAGUCAAAGAUCCUGAGUUUGGCAGCAUGAUAAUGACCCAAAACAGCGAAAAACACUUAACAAUGGCUAAGAGCAAAAUAUUGGACUAUUCUGAAGUGGCCAGCCAUGAUUCCGGAUCUAAAUCGUAUCUACCGUCUGUAGAAGAAAUUGAAGCAUGAUGUCUGGAGAAAGCAAACCUUCAAACCUGAGAAGCAAACAACUACAGCAGUUUAAUGCCUGCUGAGAAGAGCAGAAAGUUACAAAAAUCCUUUGAUUGCUUCAACAGCUUUUUUAACAAAAUAUUCAGGAUGGUAUCAUUCAGCCCUUUUUCAUUAAUUUGAUUUAAAAUAAUUCUGUUGAGCCACAAUUCAAAGGCCAAAAGCAAUCUCUAAUUUUCAAUGUUUUUUUUCCAUUUAUCAUUCCUGUUGUCAGAUUAGUUAUUUCUAUGAACACCAUCAGGUUUUCUUUCAUUACCAGAGAGGUAUCAACAAUUUUGCCCAUUUGUGGAUCUGUUUGGUUAUUUGAAAGAAUGCACUGGCGCGGGGAUUUUGCAAAAACCCAAGUGCUCUUUUUGAAUGUUAGCCUAGUUGUGUCAAGACUGGGAUGAUGAAGUCAACAGUAAGAUCUUUGCACAGGUGUGAAUUAUGUUCGUGAUGGAUUAUUGAGAUCCAGGACAAAAAUGAAAGAAUACAGUGCCUUGCAAAAAUAUUUGGCCCCCUUGAACAUUUCGACAUUUUGCCACAUUUCAGGCUUCAAACAAAGAUAUAUAUAUAUUUUUUGUCAAGAAUCAACAAGUGGGACACAAUCUUAGUAGUAGUAGGAUUAGAAGAAGUACAAUGAAAUUUAUUGGAUAUUUUAAACUUUUUUCACAAAUAAAAACCUGAAAAGUGGAGCGUGCAAUAUUAUUCAGCCCCCUUGCAUUAAUACUUUGUAGCGCCACCUUUUGCUGCAAUUACAGCUACAAGUCGCUUGUGGUAUGUCUCUAGCAGUUUUGCACAUCAAGAGACUGAAAUUCUUGCCCAUUUUUCCUUGCAAAACAGCUCGAGCUCAGUGAGGUUGGAUGGAGAGCGUCUGUGAACAGCAGUCUUCAGCUCUGCCCACAGAUUCUCGAUUGAAUUCAGAUCUGGACUUUGACUUAGCCAUUAGAACACCUGUAUACGUAGAUUUGGCUUUACGUUUUGGAUUAUUGUCCUGUUGGAAUAUAAAUCUCCAUCCCAGUCUCAGGACUUUUGCAGACUCCAACAGGUUUUCUUCCAGAAGGGUCCUUUAUUUGGCUCCAUUCAUCUUCCCAUGACUUUUAACCAUAUUCACUGUCCCUGCUGAAGAAAAGCAGGCCCAAACCUUGAGGCUGCCACCACCAUGUUUGACAGUGGGGAUGGUGUGUUCAGGGUGACGAGCUGUGUUGCUUUUAGGCCAAACAUAUCGUUUGGCAUUGUGACCAAAAAGUUGGAUUUUGGUUUCAUCUGACCAGAGCACUUUCUUCCACGUUUGGUGCGUCUCUCAGGUGGCAUGUGGCCGACUUUAAACGAGACUUUUUGUGGAUAUCUUUGAGAAAUGGCUUUCUUCUUGCCUCUUCCAUGAAGGCCACAUUUGUGCAGUGUACGACUGAUUGUUGUCCUAUGGACAGACUCUCCCACCUCAGCUGUAGAUCUCUGCAGUUCAUCCAGAGUGAUCAUAGGCCUCUUGGCUGCAUCGCUGAUCAGUCUUCUCCUUGUUCGAGGUGAAAGUUUAGAGGAACGGCCGGGUCUUGGUAGAUUUGCAGUGGUCUGAUACGCCGCCCUUUUCAAUAUGAUUGCGUCCACAGUGCUCCUUGAGAUGUUUAAAGCUUGGGAAAUCUUUUUGUAUCCAAAUGCAGGUUUAAACUUCUCCACAACAAUAUCUCGGACUUGCCUGGUGUGUGUUCCUUGGUCUUCAUGAUGCUCUCUCCACUUUAAACAGAACCCUGAGACU